AUGGUUCCUUUGGUAAAAACAUUUUUGUCGACACUAUGUCUUGUAGGCAUAGUGUCAGCCCGUUACUCGAAUGGCACUACCCCCAGUUCAGCGACGGUACCUCAACCCUCGCCUACGGCCUUCUUUUCCAGUGUUCAUCUAGUUGAUUCUUAUACAGGAAGCAACAUUUCUAAUGAUAAGGAACAUUGGUUCUUGAUAGAAGCAGAGAUUUAUGUGUCUGCUGGGUUUGAUGGCGAACUCUAUCUUAACGCACCCCAAAGCUUGGAAGGCUUCGCCAACGGCUCUUUCGAUUUGGUGCAAAAUGUCACAAGUGUCGGAAGUGUUACGAGAAACGCUUCUAACGUUUUCACGAUACGACCAGACGUGUCCGACACAGAUCGCUCAUCUACUUUCAACGUACUUGCUCAUCUAUCUGCUGGAACAAAGUCAAUUAUUGAUAGUCCGCAAACUGUGGAUUUCGAAUUUGAACUCUCACCAGGCUCGAAACUAAUCCAGCCUAUUGACUUUAUCGCUCAAGACCUCUCAAAGUCUCAAACGAAUGCUCGUGUUGGCACUGAUAAUAGCAUCACCUACACGCUGGACGUUCCGUUCAGCGAGUAUCCUGGAGAGCUCAAUUUCGCGGCUUCGUUUUCCGGCAAAGAUGCCUUCACUUUCGAUACGUCAUUGACGUCUGUCCAAGUUGUUACUGCUGUCGAUGCUUUCAACCAGCCCACUAAAGCCAUAAACCUGACCGCUGUCGAAGACAAUUCUGAUGCAUCUGCGAUCAAUUUAAGUCUGGAGUCACAGAUAAGCGGGGGUAUAUUCAUUCGGAUAAGUUACACUACUACACCAAUCGAGAAUGUGGCAUCUGUUGAAACAGUUGCAACUCUGAAUUAUCCUUCCCUAUCCACCUACAAAAGAGAUAUCUCAAUCACUUUCGAAGAUCUCGUGGUGCUCGAAGCUACUUCUAACCUAGAUAACUUUGGCGAACAGGUCUUCGUCGUGACCGGCUCUGGUUCAUUCCCCACUGUUACGGCCACCAACUUCUCUAGCUCAGCUACAGCGGCUUCUGCAUCGGCGGUGAACGCAACUGUUGGCACUGUUGUCUCAAAUUCUGCUAACAUGAGCUCCCUUCUUGUCACUAUUACUCCAACAGCUAAUUUUACUUCUGCAACAAGCGGCACCCCUUUUGAGACACACAAUUCAACAAUAAACACUGGUGCAAGUCUCACUUCAAUCUCGGGCGUUGCCUCAAUCACUUCACCACCCAUUCAGCAAUCAUCUGUGAAUGCUUCCAACACAACUGUCGUGACUUCGAAUAGCAACGGUGUUGUUCUAACGUACUCGGUGGUCACACGUACAAGCGAUGGGCAAUACGAUGUCUUCACAAGCUUCUUUCCCAUAGCAACAUUGCCUUCACAGUCUCAAGCUAAUUCCACUGGCGUUAACUCCGACUCGCUUUACAUCGUCAACGCUACAAGCCCCUCUACUAAGGUCUACCCAACUCAAACGGUUUUCAACAGAACAGUAAGUGGCGAAGUUUCUGUUUUCACAUCACUCAUUCCUGUUGCAACGGUUGGCGCCAGCAAAAGCAGUACUGCAUGCGCACUUUCUUCGAGCAGUAGUUCACACGAUGUUUUAGUUUUAGCAUCGAUUACCGGAAGCUCUUCUUCUAAGAGCACUGCUGGAGUCAAGACGCAAUCCAGGAAAAAAGCUAGUUCUUCAAGCACAGAGUCUGGCGCAUCGCAAACUACAGAAUUUCAGACCAGGGCCUAUUUAACUUAUUCGGUGGUGACUACUACCAGUGAUGGGAAAGUGUUUGAGUACACUAGUUGGUUCCCAACUUCGACGCUGUCACCUGAAGUUCCUGUCAAAUCCCAAAGUGUUUCAGCAGCAGGCGCGCCCGCGUUAUCUACAACUGAGAGCAAGAAUUUGGUGGCUACAACUUUGACCCAAAUCAAAGGUGGCCAGAUAUCUCUUAUCACAACUAUGGUUCCUGUUGAGACACAGACAAUUAAAAGCAGCGAACUAUCUGCUUCCCAGUCUGCCGCCUCCAGAAAACCUGCACAGUCAUAUUAUUCUACAGUUGUGAACACCACUAUUCUGAAAACCACAGGAUCUGUCACUCAGUCUCUCACAACUAGCUACGGUGUUUCCGCGGAACUUCUAGCUUCGGCACAGUCAGAGAUAGUUUCAACUUCUGAGUCUCUUAUUGGUGCCGCCACUCUCUCUUCUGGCACUGCGAAGACGCAAAGCACGGCUCCAUCCAGAAUCGACAACAGCUUCAAUACAGCCUCAUCCGUUCUUGCUGUGACAAAUACUGGUGUGUCGACAAGGGUCUCACAAGCUACUCAGGGCGAGCUCCUGACAACCUACGAAAACCCCAUUGGCGCUUCUACACUAGCGACAGCUGCUACCGGUGCGCAACAAGACACAUCGGUUUCGAAAUCCAUGGGAGCUUUGGUGCAAACGCAGUCAAGUCUAGAGCCUACCGCCAGUCGUUCUACUCUAUCUGGUUCUUAUACGAUCGAGUACCAAAGUCAGACUUCUCAGGCUUCCUCGACACGAGUUUUAUCGACCUUCGAUGGUGCGGGUGCCCAGCUGCGAGCUAGCAUUUUUGGCUCGAUAAUAUCGAUUCUUGCACUCUUGUUGUGA